GUGGGGCGAGCCUGCCGCUGCUGUCCCGAGCACUUUCGGUCCGGGCUGGUCUACCUUGCCGCCCGCCACGUCCUCACGCGGGACCGGGGCCGCCUUCGCCGUCCGAGGGCCGCCCGGCCUCUGCAGGCCUGCCGCGCCCGGGUAAGGGGGCUGCGCUGCUCUCCGGCAUGCUGUAGUCACGGCUCCCGCGGGGCUGGAGUUGAGAGGAGGAGUGUUACUCCUUUCAGACCGUAGAUGCGACUGUCAGCAGAGCGGAGCGUCUGCCUGUGUCCCCCAUGUGCCACAAAGCAUGCCGCAGCCCAGGAGUGCUCCCCGCAGCCGCCCUCGCCUCCUGCAAAGCCCGACCUCACCUGACGAGCACACAGUGCCAAGCCCGCAGCUCUCCGAGGAGGAAGAUGGCCCAGCCCGGGAACACACCCUGAGCACCUGCUUCUGGAAUCCUGCAGUCUGCUGCUCGGGCAGCGGCCGGGAACCGCAGCCUGCGGGCCAAGUCCUGCCUGUGCCUGUGUUCGGAAAAAACGUUUGCCAGCUCUGCUCUAGAGACGUGUGCCGCCCAGCCUCCGACUUGCCCUUCGAGUCCUGCCAGCUGCCAUCGCCUCCGUGCCUCCCUGCUCCGCGCCACCUGCAGUGACCUCUUUCUGUGUCUCCCACCGGGCGGCGGCCUCCCCGGAGGAGGGAGCUGUGUGGCUUCCGCCUUUUGUCGUACGUGCGCUGCCAGAUCCUCAGCCGAGCCGAGGGCCUUGUGCGCAGCCUGAGAGCGGCAGCCGGGGGCGUGGGGACCGCCCCAGCUGCGCCCUGCCUCACCCACAAGAUGUGGGCCACCCUGGUGCUCGCUUGCGUCUCCUCCUUGUCCUUGUCCGGACGCCCAGUGGCCUCCCAGGACCCAGGGGCCUCAGCCCUCAACCUGACAGGAGACAGCGUGGUCCCGAAAAGCACACCCAGGGAAGCAGCGGAGUCCGCACCAACGCCACCACCCUCUUCCGUCCCGUCGGCCGGAGGGGCUCUGGGAGUCACAGCAGGGAGAAUACACAGGACAGAUGUGGGCACCCCGGCAACUGCGGCAGGUGGCCCCGACCUCCCGGCCUCCAGGCAGCCCACGCCGCCCUCCCCGACGUCCCCUCAGCCAGCUCCGUCCUCCACGGCCGCUCUCAGCAUCCCCCACACCCAGGCUCCCAGCAACGGCACGUCACCGAGAGCUGCCCCCCUGGUGCCGCUGACCUCCAGCACUCAGGUGGCUGCUGCCUCCUCGGCAAAGGCGGGCAGCCCCCCGGGCAUACAGGACCCUGCUGAGCGCACAUCCAGCCCCUCCACGGCCAGCCCCCCGCCCCCCGUGGAUCCCCACACACCCAACUCGGUCAUAGGAGGCUCUGCCAUCCAGGUGUUGACUGCCCAGCCGGUGGCAGACACAGCAAGUGGGCCCACCCCGUCCCUCACGAACGCAACCGCAGCGUCCACCCUCUCCUCUGUGGCGUCUGCGUCCACCACAGCGGUGACAGCCACCAAGACACAAGCCGAGGAGUCAGCUGCCAGCACAGUGCCAGCUUCUGUGCUUCCCACCAGCUGGACGCCUGUGGUGGAGCCUGUCUCUCCCACAACCCCGCCGAGCCCUUCCCCAGCUCCCCAGGGGACCCCAGGCCUGGGCACGCCCCCCACGCCCGAGCAGGUGCAGCCCGAGGCUGUAAGUGGUACUGCUGCCACCAGCCUGACACCUGGGAGCUCAGGGGACCCUAAGGUGCCAACCACAGACUCGUGCCAGCUCAGCACCCAAGGCCAGUACCUGGUGGUCACCACCAACCCCCUGCCGCUGUCCCCGGUAAACAGGAGUGCCCUCCUGGCCGUGCUCUUGCUCGGCGUGACCCUUUUUGUCACGGUCUUGGUUCUGUUUGCCCUGCAAGCCUACGAGAGCUACAAGAAGAAGGGCUACACGCAGGUGGACUAUUUAAUCAACGGGAUGUACGCAGACUCAGAAAUGUGAGGGGUGGUCGGGCCGUUCUCCCGUUUUCCCUCCUAGACUAGACCAAGUGCUUCCAAAUUCUUCGGUGCGACUUAGGAGAUAUGCCAGAUGCUAAACUCACUGAAUAACUGUCUAAUUGAUUCCACGAUCACUAACGAGUUGCUGCUUUCCUCAUACUUAUUUUUGUAAGUGAUCGUGCUGCAGGGCGGGCAGGUGGGCCCCUGUGUCCCUUCCAGAAUCAAAGCCAUGACUGCUUUCCAUUC